CUCUCCCUCGUGCGCCCAGGCGACGUGGUGGACGUCCUGCGAGCACUCGACCUGCCCGCCCUGCCCGACGGAGUGCGCCGGGCCGAGGGGCUGUGUGCGGCGAGGAGGGGCAGCCGGGGGCCGGACGUGGCCUACUCCGUGAGUCGCGAGGCUCAGCUCAGCGUGCCCACCAGGUUCCUCUUCCCAGACUCGGAGUUCCCCGUGGACUUCUCCAUGGUGCUGACGGUGCGUGCGCGCAAGGGCACGCAGGCAUUCCUGCUCUCGCUCUACAGCGAGCAGGGCAUGCAGCAGCUGGGCCUCGAGGUGGGACGAUCGCCCGUGUUCCUCUACGAGGAUCAGAACGGUCUGCCGCCCCCCGAAGAGUAUCCCAUCUUCAAAGGGCUCAACCUUGCAGACGGAAAGUGGCACCGCGUGGCACUGAGCGUGCGCGGGCAGAACGUGACGCUGACGCUGGACUGCCGGAGGAGCGUGACGAGGCCCCUGGCGCGCUCCCUCGCCGGCUCGCGGAUCGACGUCAACGGGAUCGCCGUCUUCGGCACCCGCAUCCUGGACGAGGAGGCCUUCGAGGUGAGACGCCUGGAGCAUCUGCCUUCCACCACGGUCGUGCACAAGUCCGCGCCAGCCGGCUCUGCCCCGCGGCAUCCUCCUUGCCGGCGGGCGAGCCCUCCGCGACGGAACGCGACGCGCCUCGAGGUGCACCUAGCCUGGCCCUACGGGGGAGGCCCUACGGCGGAGGCCCUACGGCGGAGGCCCUACGGCGGAGGCCCUAUGGCGGAGGCCCUAUUGCGGAGCCGGGACCUUUCGGGCGACGCGACGGGCGGUGCGGAGGUCGACGGCAUCGGUGACGUUUGCCGACGGAAGCGCGGCGGCCUCACCGGGGUCCG